UACCCAUGAACCACCCAUAUAGAUUUCAAUCUGAUAAGUUUUUGAAAGGAGUAAUUGAAAGGCUUCCUCCUUUACCUCGUCCAUCUGGUUUGGAAAUGUUAAAUGAAGUGUCCAAGUAUACUGAGGGACAUAAUGGAGGUUCAUCAUAUAAUGAUAAAAUUCCUGGCUUUGGUGUUAAGCACAAUUGGGUGAAGAAGAGCAUUUUCUGGGAGCUUCCAUAUUGGCAUACAAAUUUGAUUCGUCAUAAUCUUGAUGUCAUGCAUAUUGAGAAAAAUGUCUUUGACAAUAUUUUUUAUACAGUAAUGGAUUGUCCGAAUAGAAGCAAGGACAAUUUAAAGGCUAGGUUGGAUAUUCAAUUGUAUUGUCAGAAGCCAAAUUUACAUUUGCAACAAGAUAUGAGUGGUCGGCUUUACAAACCUAAAGGCACUUAUUGUCUGCACAAGAAACAACAACAAGAAGUUUUGUCAUGGAUGAAGGAAUUAUCAUUUCCUGAUGGUUAUGCUUCAAGCAUUUCACGAUGUGUGAAAGAGGCACAAUGUAAGGUUUCGGGGAUGAAGAGCCAUGAUUGUCAUGUCUUCAUUCAAAGACUUCUUCCAACCGCUUUCCGACCUUACUUACCUAGGCCACUGUGGGAGGCAUUAACUGAACUGUCCGUAUUUUUUCGGGAUAUUUGUUCAACAAAUUUAAAUGCCCAGCACAUGGAGUUAAUGCAGAUGAAUAUAAUUGAAAUAAUUUGCAAACUUGAAAGGAUUUUUCCUCCAUCCUUCUUUGACUCCAUGGAACACUUGACGAUACAUCUACCUUACGAGGCAAAAGUUGGUGGACCAGUUCAAUAUCGAUGGAUGUAUCCAUUUGAACGGUAUAUGUUUUAUUUGAAGAAGAAAGUGACCAAUAAAGCUAAAGUUGAGGGUUCCAUAUGUGAAGCAUACUUGAUUGAUGAAAUUACCAAUUUUGCAUCUCAUUAUUUUGGUGAUGACGUGCAAACAAUUUGGAAUCGAGUUCCACGGAAUGAUGAUGGUGGCCUUAGAAGUGUAGAUGGAUGUCUCUCUAUUUUUUCCUAUCCAGGGAAAAAAUUAUCCAAAAGAUUUUAUAAAAGGCAGUUGUCACAUGCUGAAAUGCAAAUUGCGCAUAACUAUGUGAUAUUCAAUUGUCAAGAACUGAAGCCUUAUUUAGAGCAAUGUCGACAAGAGCUAAAGUCACAACAACCAUAUGCGAGUGAUGGUGAAAUUGAAAAAUUAUGCGAAGCGAUCUUUCCAAAUUGGUUAAAAAAUAAUGUAAGUAUUUUAAUAAAAUUAAUUUAUAUUUUAUGUCAAUUAGCUACUUUAAAAAUAUUAUUAAUCUCUUUUAAAUCAUUAUUUCUUAUGGAGUUAACUAUUAUGCUAGGUGGAAUACCAAUCUAACGGAAUUGAAAAUCAGCUCUUUGGACUUGCUAUGGGCCCUUCAACUUCAGUGAAAUGUUAUAAUGGGUAUUAUAUGAAUGGUUUUAAAUUUCAUACUCAACGUUAUGGUCGUUUUAAAAAGACAAUGAAUAGUGGAGUUUGUGUGAAAGGAAGUUGCUAUGAUGAUAAUGAACGUGAUUAUUAUGGAAUGCUUAAAGAAGUUGUUCGGCUAAAAUACUUGGGGAGUAAGUGCAAGUUAUUUAUGUUUAAAUGUAAUUGGUAUGAUACAAAACGAGGGAUUAGAGUGCAUCCUUCGAAUGGUUUGGUUGAAAUCAAGCAUACAUCUCGACUACAUGGAAAUGAAGAUUUUGUGUUAGCACAACAAUGUCAACAAGUCUACUAUACAUAUCCACCUGGUAAUAAAUCAUCUGAAUGGUGGACGGUUAUUAAGACAACUGCUAGAAGUCGUUAUAAUGUUGACAUGGGUGAAUUUAUUGAAGAUGCC